UGUGACAUAAUUUUAAUUUUUAAUAGGCAUUAGAUAUAAUUAAAAAGUUAAAUGGUUCAAACAGACCUAAACCCACGAGAUCCUGGUUUUUUGAAUUUUUUGCCUGGAACGGUUAAUCUUGUAUAUGAUAUAGAUAAGAAAUUAAUGGUAUGGUUGAGAGAUGGAAGAAUAUUAAUUGGAUUUCUCCGAAGUGUUGAUCAAUAUGCAAAUCUAGUUUUACAACAAACAAUAGAGAGAAUAUAUGUUGGCAAACAAUAUGGGGAAAUCCAUAAAGGAAUAUAUAUUGUUAGGGGUGAAAAUGUUACUCUCUUAGCAGAAAUGCAUGAAACGCCUUCUAAAGCCGAAUCGGAGCUAGAAAAAGUGUCGUUCGAACAAAUUUUAAGUGCUCAGUCAAAAUAUCAACAGCAAAAAUUAGACGAAGAGAACGCCAAAAAAUUAGCACUAAAAAAUAGAGGGUUUUCUUUUCCAUGCCAGCCAUCACAUUACGAUAAUAGAUUAAACGAAGAUUGGUAUUGAUACGAAUAUCGAUAUACAUUGUAAUGAAUGAUACUAGCGAUGGUAUGUCAAAAUAUCCAAUUUUCGAUAGAAUUAUAAUGUAUACCAGGAUAUAUUUAUAUUCGUAAAAUUGACUAAUAUUUUUGUCAUUUUUUUAAAUAUAAAAAAUGCUUUUUCAUAUUAAAAAUUGAAAUGAAUUCAAAAAACUCAUAAAUACGCUCUUAGUCAUAGAAAUUCAAUAAAUUAUAAAAAUAAUGUAUGAUUAGAAUUAUUUAUUUUUGUACAUACAACUUUUUUAAAAUGUUAAAUUGAAUAUAAAAAUAUUAAAAUUUAAUUAUACGCAGAGAAAUAUGCAAACCCAGAGGUGCACUGACACCAUUUUUUUAGCCGAUACCAUCAAUUACAAAUACCACUGAUACCCAAAAAUAAUAAUAUAGUAUAUUUAUUGAAAAAUAGCAAAGAUAAAAUCCAUCAAUAUUAAAGUUGGAAAAAUUCUGAUUUUUUUUUAAAAAAAGUCGAUUUU